AGUCUCAUUCCAAAGGCAAAACAAAAAAAAAAAAACCAUGGAGAUCCUCAGCGGAAUUAUUUCUAAAGUAAUCGAGUACAUAGUUGAACCAGUUGGGCGACAAGUGGGUUAUCUGAUUAACUACAAAAGCAACCUUGAAAGUCUGAGGAGUCAAUUGAAUAACUUAGAUGCUGCCAAAGACCGGAUGAAGCAUAGGGUUGAUAAAGUUGAAAGAAAUGGUAAAGGAGUAGAAACUGAUGUCCAGAACUGGAGAAAAGAAGCAGAUGGGAUCACUCAAGAAGCAGAAAAGAUUUUGGGAAAUGAAGGCCAAGAAAAGACAAAGUGUUUCAAUGGAGUAUGUCCUAAUCUGGUGUCGUAUCAUCAGUUUAGCAGGAAAUCAACAAAAUUGGCAAAAAAGAUUGAAUUACAUGCAAAAAAAGAGUUUCCUAGUGUUUCUUACGAUCCUCCCCUGGAAGAGAUAUGUGCCACGCCCUCUCAAAACUACAUGGCCUUUGAAUCAAGGAUUUUAAUGGUGAAUGAAAUCAUGAAGGAACUGAAAAAUCCUGAUACCAACAUGAUUGGGGUGUACGGAUGGGGUGGUGUUGGGAAGACCACACUCGCCCAAGAAGUGUAUAGACAAGCUACGAAAGAGAACUUAUUUGAUGAGGCGGUUAUAGUCUUGGAUGUGAAAAAGUAUCCUGACUUGGAAAAAAUGGAAAGAAUUCAAAAAAAAAUUGCUGAAAAGUUAGGUAUGGAUGUUGAUAAGAUUCAGGAUAUAGAAGCGAGGGCAAAGCAUCUAUGGAAUAGAAUAAAAGACAAGAACAUUUUUGUAAUUUUAGAUGAUGUCUGGGAAGCAAUUGAUUUGGAGGCUUUGGGACUUCGCCCAAUGGCAACUUGUAAAAUAUUGUUGACAUCUAGAAAUCGAGUCUCUGAGAUGAAUGUGGAAAAAGAGUUUUGGCUUGAAGUUUUAAAGACGGAAGAAAAUUGGAGUUUAUUUGAGAAGAUGGUAGGUGACGUUGUUAAAGAUGACCGUAUACAUGAAGUAGCAACUAAAAUAGCCAAAAAAUGUGGAGGUUUGCCGGUUUCAGUUGUUGCAGUUGCAAGGUCUCUAAGGUCAGCCACUACUUUAGAGGAAUGGAGAGUUGCCUCGAGGGACUUCAGAAGUUUUUACGAACAUGGAUUGGCAAAAUCAGCCUACUUGGCUUUAGAAUGGAGCUACAAUCGAUUGGAUGGCGACGAGCUUAAGCCAUUGUUUUUGCUAUGUGGAAUUAUUGCAGGGGGUGGCUAUAAAAUUUAUCUCAGUGACUUGUUGAAAUAUGCUAUGGGUUUGAGUUUGGUGAAAAAUGUUGAUACAGUGGAAGAGGCACGGGAUAAAUUGAUUUCACUAGCUAAUAAACUUAUUAAAGAUUAUUGUCUGUUGCUAGAUAUUGAUGAUGAUGGAGAGAUUAGAAUGCAUGAGCUUGUACGAGAUGUUGCUAUGGGGAUUGCAUCUAAAGAUAAUCACGCCAUUGCAAAAGCAUAUGGAGAUGAGCUGACAGAAUGGCCAGAUAGAAAUUCCCUUAAAAAAUGCACGGCGAUCUCCUUGAAAUCUUGCAAGAUCCCCAGACUUCCUGAAGUACCUUGGGUAUGCCCAGAAUUGAGACUUUUUGUCUUGGAAAAUCAUAAUAUUGAUGACUCCUUGGAAAUCCCAGGCAACUAUUUUGAAGGGAUGAAGGAACUCAAAGUGUUGGAUGUAACCAGACUGCGAAUUCCGUCACUGCCUCCAUCUCUUCAAUGCCUUACAAAUCUUCAAACUUUGUGUUUAGAUCAGUGCGUGUUGGGGGACAUAGCUCUAGUUGGACAGCUAACAAACUUGAAAAUUCUUAGCCUUUUAAAAUCUAAGGUGAAAGAUUUGCCCAAAGAAAUAGGGCAAUUGACUCGUCUACAAUUGUUGGAUUUGACCCAUUGCUCUGAACUUGCACGGAUCCCAGCUGGCGUUAUAUCAAGCUUGACAAGUUUAGAAGACUUGAGAAUGGGAAGCUUUAAGGAAUGGGAAGGAGAUUUAAUUGAUGGAAGAAGUAAUGCGAGCGUGUCAGAGCUGAAACAAUUGCGUCAACUAACUGCAUUACAUAUACAUAUUCCAGAUGCUAAGCUUCUUCCAGCAAACAUGUUCUCGGAUACAAAGUUAGAAAGAUACAUCAUACUAAUUGGUGAUUGUUGGCUAUAUCCUGAUAAUUACGGAAAGUCCUCUAACAUGUUAAAACUCAAGCUCACUACGAGCAGUCAAUUCAGCCAAGGUAUAAAAUUGCUGCUUAAGAGAUGUGAACAUUUGGACUUGGAUGGGAUGGAGGCUGAAAAUAUUAUUUCCUAUAUAUUAGCAAGUGACAGUGGUAAACAACUGAAGAAUCUCCAUGUCCAAAACAACGAUGCUGUCAUUAACUCGAGUCAUGCCUUCCCCAACUUGGAGUCACUAUCUCUUUACAACCUUGUUAAUUUGGAAACUGUAUGUUGUGGCCAACUCAUAGCUCAGCCUUUUCAAAAGUUACGAUCUUUGACUUUGUGGAAUCUGCCAAAGCUGAUUGGUUUCUCCUCCAAAGGCAGCAGGUCAGUUGUAAGUACAGAGGCCGAAGAAAUCAUUUUGGAGAAUGAAAUUGGUGGACCCACGAAACUUUUCAUGGAUGGAGAGGUUAUGAUACCCAACUUAACACGCUUGAUCUUGCAUCAAUGUGAUGGUUUAAGAUUCUUGUUUUCAUGUUCCAUGGCUAGACGUCUUGAGCAACUCAAACAUCUUGAGAUAUCCACAUGCCAAAUGAUGGGAGAAAUAGUAUCAACAAGUGGAUACAAUCAAGAACAUAGAGAUAACAUGUUUUGCAAUCUAAAAUCUCUAAAUCUGCAACAUCUUCCAAGCCUCACUAGAUUCUACUCCGGAAGUUAUAUUGAAUUUUCAUUAUUGGAGACAUUGCAUAUUGAGGAUUGUCCUAGACUGGGGACAUUCAUCUUUGAUAGAAAGAGUGAAAUUACUUCAAUAGGCAAAGAAAAUGACGAUAGGAACUCCAAGGAGAAUCUUGAGAGUGUUAUACCACGCUUUCUUUUUGAUGAAAAGGUAGGAUUUCCUAGCUUGGAGAGGUUGAUCAUCUAUGACUUACCUGCACUGAUGACAGUAUGGCACAACCAACUUGCUCAAGACUCUUUUUGUAGACUGAAAGAAGUUAACGUUUACAGAUGCCACAAUCUAAUAAAUAUCUUUGCACGGAGUAUGAUGGGAAGAUUGAAUGCUUUGUAUAGAUUAGAGAUAUGGCAGUGCCAGUUACUACAAGUGGUAUUUGAACUCGGAGGAGUAUUUGAAGCAUAUGACACGUCAACCACUCAGUUGAAAACUUUUGAGUGCCCAAAUCUUGAUUUUGUAGAGAUAGAUGCGUGCGAGAGGUUGAUAAAUAUAUUCUCAGCCUCUGUGGCCAAAGGUCUUGAACAACUAACGAAGUUGAGUGUUGAGAAUUGUGGGUUGAUGGAGAUUAAUGUGAAGGAAAAAGGAUUAGAAGCAACGCCUAAGUUUGUGUUUCCAAAGGUAACAGUUGUGAAGUUUGAAAAUCUCCCCCAACUUAGGAUGUUCUAUCCGGGUAUGCAUGUUUCUGAGUGGCCGUUACUCAAAGAACUAGCGAUGACUAGAUGUGAUAAUGUGGAGAUUUUUGCUUCCGAAAUUUCAAGGUUUCAGGAAAAGCUUGAAUUGGGCCUUCAGUGUACACCAAUUAAACAUCCUUUCUUUUUAGUUGAGAAGGUUCUGAUGCCUAACUUAACAAGCUUGGUUGUGCGUGGAUGUAGUGGUUUGAGAUUCUUGUUUUCAUCUUCCAUGGCUAGAAGUCUUGUACAACUCAAAAAUCUUACGAUAUCCAGGUGUCAAAUCAUGGAAGAGAUAGUACCAACAAACGAAUCCAGUGAGGAAGAUACAGAUCAUGACAUGUUUAGUCCGCUACAAGAUCUAAAGCUACAUUAUCUUCCGAACCUCACUAGAUUUUGCUCAGCACGUCGUUCUAUUAAUUUUCAUUCCUUGGAGGUAUUGCAUGUAGAGGAUUGUUCUAAAUUGGAGACAUUCAUCUUUGAUCCCAUGAAUACAAAUAUCACAAUCAACAAAGCAACUGAAGAGAUCAGGGACUCCACGGAGAAUAUUGGGACUGAUGCACAAUUCUUUCUUUUUGACGAAAUGGUAGGAUUUCCUAGCUUGGAGAGCUUGAUCAUCUAUGAAAUACCUAAGUUGAGGACUAUAUGGCACUGCCAACUUGCCCCAGACUCUUUUCGAAAGCUCAAAGAAGUUGAAGUUUUGAGAUGCCAGAGUCUAAUAAAUAUCUUUGCGCCAAGUAUGAUGGGAAGAUUGAAUGCUCUAGGCACAUUAGUGAUAAAGCAAUGCAAAUCACUACAAGUAGUUUUUGACAUGGGAGUAGUACUUGGCGUUAAAGAAGCAUACUACACAUCAUCAACCACUAAGUUGAAAAUUUUUGGGUGCCCAAAUCUGGAUUAUGUAGAAAUAAAUUCGUGUGAGAGUCUGAAAAAUAUCUUUCCAGUCUCAGUGGCUAAAGGUCUUCAGCAGCUAAGCGAGCUGUACGUGGAGAAUUGUGGAAUAUUGGAAGAAAUUGUUGCCAAGGACGGACUAGAAAUGACACCUGAGUUUGUGUUCUCUAAAGUAACACUUGUGCAAUUGCAAAAUAUGCCCCAACUAAGGAUUUUCUAUUGGGGGCUACAUGUUUCCAAGUGGCCAUUACUCAAAUCAUUGAUAUUCUUUGAAUGUGGUAAAGUGGAGAUUCUUGCUUCCGAAUAUUCAAGAUUCCAAGAAAGACUUGAUUCGGGUACACCAAUCAAACAACCUUUUUUGUUCGUUGACAAGGGUAAUCCAUUCCCCAACUUGGAAGUAUUGCACUUGGACGAGAACACAGAGAUUUGGUAUGAAGCACAUAGUCCACUCCUAGCAAAGUUGUUUAUCAAUCUAAAAAAGUUUACAUUUUCUUGUGCACACCCCCAGUCAUUUCAUUUCCUUGAGAAAUUACAUAAUCUUGAAGAGCUCGUUGUUUAUAAUGGUCCUUGGAAAGAAAUAUUUGUGUAUGAAGGAACUAGUAGCGGGGAAAUAGAUGCAGUUGGGAGGACCCUCCCGCACAUAAAGAUUUUGUAUCUCAACCAAAUGAAGGAGUUGAUGCAUCUAGGGAUUGGGAAUGACAACUCUGAAUCAGUUUUUCCAAACUUGGAAAUUCUAAAGGUGUACAAUUGUGGCAGAUUAAAGAAUCUAACUUCAUCCGCAAUAUCCUUUCACAAACUAACCACUUUACACGUAGCAAAUUGUGAGGGACUAAAAUACUUAACAACUUAUUCGGUGGCUAAAUGUUUACACCAACUCAAAAGCUUGGAAGUUGAGAAUUGUGAAAGCAUGAUAGAGAUAGUGGCAAGCAACGAAGAUGAAGAAGAUUCAAGAAAUUAUUAUGAGAUUGCUUUCAGCUGCUUGCAACAUUUGAAACUUUAUUAUCUACCAAGUCUGCGAGGCUGUUGCUCAUCAGGAAAUUGCACUGUUAGAGUCCCAUCCUUAAACUCUUUAAUUGUCAAGGAAUGCCUGAUUGAGUUGAAGAUUUCCCCUGAUGGGUCACUGAUUCAAAGUGGUUCAAGACCAGAAAGACAACAAAUAAUAGAGGAAGUGGAAGAAAAAGAAGAAGAAGAAGAUGAUGGCAAUGAAACGGGAGGAAUGACGCAGCUGAUUGCCCAUACAAAUUAAUGCUGCAAGACUCCAUAUUCCAUAGUUUCCACCACAUCAAUUCCUAAUUAGUUUCACUCUGUUCCCGCCCUUGCCGCCAUUGCCGAUCUGAUCAAUGUUAAUUGUUUAAUACAAGCUUGCAAGCGGCCACCUCAAGGCACAGGCCGAAGAAUUUGGAAAUGGUUGUGUGAUUUGUGUUGGCAUUCAGGCAUUCCAAUUCCUGUUGUGUUAUGCUUGUGUUGCCAUGUCUAUAACUGCUUUGUGAUACAAGUGUGAUUUAUAUCGGAGCUCUGUUGGUUUUGGAACCUCAAGUCCCUACUUUUGGCUUUAGGGAUUGGUUCAUAUCUCUUAGCUCUGCUGUUGUGCUGGUUGCAAAUGGAGGCUUCAUCUGUGAACUCUUUUGUUAAUUUUUUUUUUCAUUG